GUUUUCGGCUGACCGACGUAAAUGACUAUCGCUCUGGAGCCUCCAGUCGUGAGAUAAGACGCCACAUGUUUUCACAGCUCAGUCUGUACUUGUCGCACACCAUUAAGUACCAGGUGAUGACUACUAACACCUCGGAUUGUCUGCCCUCAUGGCUGGACAAUGGUUUUGCUGAAAAAUCUCUUAAGGAUUCCAACAAUUAUCAAGACUUCAGGGUCCUCUCCGUAGAUGUACAACGAGCAUCAGCUCUAGGAGAAAACUUCAUGAGUGAAAUCUAUCGUAUGACUGUGGAACUAGAGCAUAAAGUCAAGCGGCAUAAGGACACUGUGUCAUUAAUAGUAAAAUUAUUUCCAGGUGGAGAAGUUAUGCAGAAAAUAGCACAGGACAUGCAAGCCUUUGAGAGAGAGAUUCUCAUGUUCAGUGAGACCAUUCCUGCAAUGACACAGAUAUUGCAGAAAGCAGCCCCUGGUAAAUACACACAGUUAUCUGCAAUGUGUUUCACCUCUGGGACUCAGCCAGUUAUCUAUGUAGUCCUCGAGGACUUGAAGGCCAGAGGCUUUGCAAUGGCAGAGAGGUGCAAGGGACUGGACUUGGCUCAUGCAAAACUUGUUGUCAGGAAACUGGCUGAGUUCCAUGCAUCUUCCAUUGUACUGUAUGAGCAGAACCCUGCAUCAAUGGACAAAUAUAAGAGUUUUCAAUUGUUUGAAGGAGAAACAGGUAAACACACAGAGUCCUUCUUGAAACUAGGCUGCAAAGGUCUCGCAGAUCAGCUGGAGACAUUAGAGAAAUCAUACUCACAGUAUGCACCAAGAGUCCGAGCUCUCUCAGAAAACCUAUACCCACGCCUAGCAGAGAUGGCAAAACAGAAGGGAAAGUUUUGUGCCUUAGCUCAUGCGGAUACCUGGACCAACAACAUUAUGUUCAAAUACUCUGGUAGUGCCGUCCAAGAUGUGGUUCUACUCGACUUCCAGGUUUCUUGCUACUAUUCACCUUCAAUUGACUUACAUCAUUUUAUACACACUAGUAUUACAGAACAAGUGUAUGCUGAUCACUUAACAGACCUUUUGAAAGAGUACUAUUAUCAUUUAAUGGAAGUGAUGGAAGAUAUUGGUAUCAUCAGAGACAAACAAAUAUCCUUUGAGGAUGUGCUUGAAGACUUUGAGGCCCACAUGCUGUAUGGCUUGUACAUAGCAAUAACAGAGCUUCCAGUUGUACGCAGUGAAGGGGAAUCUGGUUUUGAUGUAGAGGCAUCUAUGAAAGGAACAUACACUGAUGAUAAUAGAAGUGCUUUUACAGGUGCUGCAUAUAUGCAAGCUAUAAAACGUAUGCUGCCAGAAUUUGAAAAGAGAAGUUUAUUGUGAAGUUUUCAGUAGUUUAUGUUCCUUCCACAUUAUAAAUUAAAGUGAGGCAGACUGACUGAAUUUUUUCCAAAUAUCAUGACUGCAAUUAGCUACUCACCUUAAGUGAAAUUUGUGUAUUUAUAGUAACCCAGCUUUAAUAGCAUAUCGAGUUCUGCUUUGAACCUGCAGUAACAACAUUUGGUACAGAAAUUUCAUCAGUACAUAAUGAUAAAGUUUUGUUUUGUACUAGCAUUGCCAGAAUGCAUGUAAGAUUUUGCACCCUUGUUAAUAAACUACUAUAUAUACAUGACCUGUAGUAUUAGACUUUACAUAAAGUUAGUUCCUCCGAUGCUAAGUAGCAUACUGGGAAACAAGUUUCUGACAGUGAACUUGAUCAGCUGCAGUUUUCAGCUUCAUCUCAGUUCAUGUACACAUGUUGAACAUCCUCUGAAAAAGUUCAUUUCCAAGUGUUAUGAGGUCUCCUCUACUUCUAUUUCCAUCUGUUGGUUUCCAUAA